AUGCUUUAUGAUGCUGUAUUUGACAUCAAUUGUUCCACCUUACAUAGUAUUCCUCAAAGCCAACAUGUUUUAGCUCCUCGUCGUGGCCGUCCUCCAAAAUCUUUUGGAUUGCCAACAUUCGCAGUCAAACCCACAUUAGAAGAUCAAACAAAUGCAUUGCUAGAAACAUCGAACAAACAAAACAUCAAUGAAAGAACUUAUGCCAUGCAUCUCCAAAGUACUUCUAUUGAUAAAACUCCUAGCAUUGUGCCUCAUAAAUCCACAAGACUUACCACUCCAAGUCCCGUCUUCAACCCCGCCGUGAAUUUGGAUUUUCAGAGUGAAGAAGAGGAUGAUUCUGAUUAUGAUCCUUUUGCAGUUGUUGAUUUUGAUAAAGAUUUUAGCACUGACGAUGACAACAUUACCGGUUCUUACUCCAUGCCCCAUCCAUCAAAUGAGAGGAUGGAGAAACACAAGCACUCGGCAAAUCCUAAAUAUUCAAUGUGUUGUGGUAACGGAAAAGUUGAGCCACCUUUCUUGAAAACACUGCCUCCUCAGAAAAUUCCAACAUCAAAUACGAGUUUACAACAUGAUGUUCACAUUCACAUCUCUUGGUGCCAAUUGGAUAACAAGUACAACAAUGGUUGUGGACCACCCACAUUACGUAUUCAAGGUCAAUCUUGUCACCGAAUUGGUAGUUUGUUACCAUCUGAGGGUCAAAAACCAAAGUUCGCACAACUAUACAUCUAUGACACCGAAAAUGAAGUAGAAAAUAGAAUGGAUGGUCUAAGGAAUCCCACAAAUAUUGAUCCUGAAAUUUUUCAGCAACUGUCUUCGAUGUUGUAUGAACAUAACACACAUGCGAAAAGCUUCCAAAGGGAAAAGGAAAGAAUCAACAGCGAUAACGUCCACAACUUAAAGUUGAGACUCAUUUCUGAUCGCAAAACUGAUGGUAGGAUCUACAAUCAUCCUACUAUGUCUGAAGUUGCGGCGUUGAUUGUUGGUGAUGUUGACACUGCAGAGGAAAGGGACAUUAUUAUGGAAAAAAGAAGUGGAAAACUUAAAAGGAUAGAUGAGUUCCAUGCAAUUUAUCUAGCAUAUCAAUAUACAUUGAUUUUUCCAUAUGGUGAGGAUGGUUAUAGACCUGACGUGGCUCAUCGAGAUUUGGAGAUAUUUGAUGAUAACAAACGUAAUCGUCUCACUAUUAGAGAGUGGAUUGUAUUUCGAAUUCAAUCCAGAUCUGAUGAGGCAAAAACUUUGUUAUCAUCAAGAAGAUUAUUUCAACAAUUUUUGGUGGAUGGGUACACCAUGAUGGAUUCUGAAAGAUUAACAUGGCUCCGUAACAACCAGUCAAAGUUAAGAGUUUCCAAAUAUAAUAAUCUCAAUGAAGAGGGUGAUGAAAGUGUAGCGCUUGGGUCCAGUUUAGACAUGUACACUAUUGAGUUUCAAAAAAGAGGGUUGCCACAUGCCCACAUUUUAAUCUUCUUGCAUCCUUCAAACAAACACCCAACACCUUCCGACAUUGAUAGAAUUAUUUCGGCUGAAAUACCAGAUCCGGUGUUGGAACCGAGGCUGUAUAAUUUGGUUAAGACUCAUAUGGUGCAUGGUCCUUGUGGCCUAGCUAAUCAAAACUCACAAUGCAUGAAAGAGGGUAAGUGUUCAAAGUAUUAUCAGAAGAAGUUUCAAAGUACGACUGUAGUUGAUCAAGAUGAAUAUCCUAUUUAA